AUAAGUGGGAAAAACCCUUGAGAUAACUGCGGCAUCUGAGCGCGCAAUUAGCUGACUGUAUCUCCUUCUUCCUCUCCCUCCCCCUCUUUUCUUUCUGUCUCUCCGGGCUGUCAAUCGCUGGAGGAUUUGUCGGAGUUUCCGAGCGUCUCUGCAUCUGUGAGGAUGUUGUUGUGGCUGGUUUUGUUCCUGCCUGCCAUCUCCUCGGCUCAGCGAUCAGAGCCCAUGUUCUCAGCCAUAACCAAGACCGUCCUUCCUCCUGACUAUGACAACAACCCCACCCAGCUCAACUACGGCGUGGCUGUCACUGAUGUGGACGGGGAUGGAGACCUGGAGAUGUUUGUAGCUGGCUACAACGGCCCAAACCUGGUGUUAAAGUACGACAAGCCGAAGAAAAGGCUUGUCAACAUCGCUGUCGACAACCGUAGCUCCCCUUUCUACGCCCUGAGAGACCGUCAAGGCAACGCCAUCGGAGUGACAGCGUGUGACAUCGAUGGAGACGGUCGGGAGGAGAUUUAUGUCCUCAACACCAAUAACGCCUUCUCUGGUCGGGCAACAUAUUCUGACAAGCUGUUUAAGUUCCGUAAUGGACGCUUUGAAGAUCUGCUGAACGAUGACAUUAACGAACACAGAGAUGUGGCCAACCGUAUGGCUGGGCGCUCAGUGGCCUGUGUGGACAGAAAGGGUACAGGCCGUUAUGCCAUCUACAUAGCCAACUAUGCCAGUGGCAACGUGGGUCCUCACGCUCUCAUUGAAAUGGAUGAGGCAGCGAGUGAUCUUUCACAGGGCGUCAUUGCCCUCUCCAACGUGGCAGAGCAGGCCGGAGUCAGCAAGCUCACUGGGGGGCGAGGUGUCGUGGCGGGUCCGAUUGUCAGUCAAAGCCUGUCCGAUGUGUUUUGCGACAAUGAGUACGGACCCAACUUCCUGUUCAAGAACAAUGGAGAUGGAACUUUUACUGAUGUGGCGCAGCAGGCUGGUGUGGAGGACCCCAUGCAGCAUGGCAGAGGGGUGGCUCUGGCAGACUUCAACCGUGACGGCAAGACAGACAUCGUUUAUGGGAACUGGAAUGGACCCCAUCGCCUAUACAUUCAGCUGAAUAAUCGCAAACAAAAGUUUAAGGACAUAGCAUCCCAGAAGUUUUCCAUGCCAUCCCCGGUUCGCACUGUCAUGGUUGCUGACUUUGACAAUGACAACGAGCUGGAAGUCUUCUUCAAUAACAUCGCCUACAGGGGCCCCUCCGCCAACAGGCUCUUUAGGGUGAGCAGGAGAGAGCACGGAGACCCUCAGAUAGAAGAGCUGAAUGUUGGCGAGGCAUCAGAGCCUGAAGGGCGAGGAACCGGAGCUGUUGCCACGGACUUUGACGGUGAUGGACGCCUGGAACUGUUGAUCUCUCACGGUGAGAGUGCAGCACAGCCGCUCUCUGUCUACAAAGUCAACCAGGGGGCCACGAAUGCCUGGCUGCGAGUGAUUCCUCGAACCAAGUUUGGUGCUUUCGCCAGAGGAGCUAAAGUGGUUUUGUACACUAAAAAGAGCGGCCCACACACUCGGAUCAUUGACGGUGGCUCAGGGUACCUGUGUGAAAUGGAGCCUGUCGCCCACUUUGGCCUUGGUAAGGACGUCGCCACCAAUGUUGAGGUGUACUGGCCAGACGGCCGUUCAUCAGCUCGACCCCUGGAGCCUUCAGACGUCAACACAGUGCUGGAGAUCCACUAUCCAAGAGAUGAGGAGGAAGUCACUCCCACUGUGGAAAUAGAGUGCGGCCAUGGGUUUGCUCUGAAUGAGAAUGGCCGCUGCACAGAUAAAAAUGAGUGUACCCAGUUCCCCACUGUGUGCCCCUCUGACCGCCCCGUCUGCACCAACACCUAUGGCAGCUAUAAGUGCCGCGCCAAGAGGAGAUGCAACCAGGGCUUUGAGCCCAACGAUGAUGGGUCAGCCUGUGUGGCCCAGGUGGCUUACUUUGGGGGGACGCGGUCUUCCGGGGAACGCAAGCGUUCCGGCCUUUCUUUCUGGAUGCUCCCCGUCUCUGUGCUUCCACUCAUCUCUACCCAUCUCCAGACUGGACAACUGUAGCCAUCACUGUCCUCUCCCCUUCCUAACUCUCUCCACUGCUAAAUGGGGAUGUACAGAAACUCUUGGAGCAAACUUUUCGCUGAAAGCAUCUACUCCUUCUUCUCCUAUGUGGAUCUCUGCUAUCUUUUUCCAUCAGUUAUUUACAGCCUUGCCCUCUCCUCACCGCUGCUAUGUGUCACCUCUUGGCUCCCGGCCCCCUCUGGACUAUAAAGACACACACAGGGAGCAUGCUCGCUGGGAGCUACGGGGUUCAGAACUAAGUGUGUCACACCCGCAGAGCCCUCACGUCAUCACCUGGCACUUAUCUUAGUGGGACCUGAACUGAGGCCAAGUCAAUAAGUGGAGCUGCAGCGUAUAAACCACUGCACAUACAGUACAGCAGACAGAUCUACUGGCUCCACAGACCACAUUCAUUAGAGACACGCUGAGACCCCAUCUGUAUCUCCACAAUGCCAUGAUGUUAAUCCUUACAAUGUCACCGUCAUUCUUAUUAUGGGCUUACUGGGAUGCUGAGGAACACCAGGUCUCCAGCUUUAGGGCCUCUGUUUGUUUGUGUGUGUGUGUGUGUGUGUGUGUGCGUGUGCAUGUGUGUGUGAGUGUACUGUGUCCAAAGAGGCAGCAGUCGGGUAGCAGAACAUAUGCCAGACCAUCUGUCUCCAAUGGCAGGUUACAUUUUGUUACCUAUGAAUAAUACAGCAGCACAGUGAAGGAUAUAAACACACAUGUAUGUGUGAGUGAGCACAAGCAUAGACAGGAGCAAAUUAAAAUAAAAAUCUAAGUACAGUACUAGCUGGAGGGUGUACUUAAAACAUACUUUACUAAGCAAUUUUUAAAAUCAUUUGCCACAUAACGCAAAACUGUAAAUUUUAAAGCAGCGUCAGCUUACACUAUUAAACGCUAACAUUAACAAAUUUAGUAUUUAUUGCUUAUUUUCCAAUUAAAUUCAAAUAAAAGGCAGGUAAUAAGAACAUAAAGACACAAGGAAGAGGAUGUGGAUUUUUAUGGACCAUGAUUUUUCUUGAAAUGAAUUAACGUUCUAGAAAAACACCUCAGCAGUUCAUUUAAUGUAGCACUGGUGAUGUUUUUACAUGUUUAAGCACAGACGCUGGAAAGAUGACUUGAAUCUAUAAGAAGUUAUUUAACAAUUUUUGGCUCUAUUCCCUACCCUUUGACAGACAUAUUUUUCACCCUAGGAGGGUGAAAUUUGGCACAUAGGUCAAGUGUGUGUGUGUUUGAACAUGUGUGUUUGUUUUCAUGAAAAAAAAUGGCUUAAAGGGGAUGUGGCAAUUAGGGUUUGCAUGGGUCGUUGCGGCUUAUGAAUAUUUGCUUGUAAAAUCAUUUGCCCCAUAAAAUGACUUUAAAGGAUAAGGCUGGUGAUUUUCCAUACUUUUGUUAUUGUCAAAAACUCACCUGAAAAAGGCAAAAAUGGUGAUGCUUUGGUGCAUCUCUUUAAUUUUUUUAUGAUUACAUGAAUCAGCUGGGUGCUGUAGGUUUGUUUUUUGUUUUUGUUUUUUAGAAAAAAUGACUCAAACAGGAGUUAACUGUGUGGAUUUUUUUUAUUGUGAUUUUGUUGGAAUUUAUUUUGAUCUGCAGAUUUGGUGUGCUAUUUGCAGCAGUAGGAUGGUUUACAUCAAAAUAAAUUACAGUACCAAUAUUCACUGUAAUGAAGGAACAUGUCAGUGCAACAGCAUGGCUCACUGAUGUGUUUUUAAUGAUGGUAAGAAUGGAGGUCUGAGGCACAGAGAAAUAAACUCUUGUUAGGAGAGUCAAUUUAUUGUCAAUCAUGGUCUUUUUAAGAGAUUUGUUGACAACAGAGGUGGGAUCAAGUCAUUUUGCAAGUCUCAAGUCUUAGCACUUAAGUCCCAAGUCAAGACAAGGAAGUCUCGAUUCAAGUUUUGAGUUUUGAGUCCUAAACAAGUCAUCAUGUACUCUCCCCAACUGUAAUGCCAUUUUAACAUCAGAUUAAUAAUAUACUACAUUUACAGAAUCACUUUUCAAUCUUUGGGCUAUGUAUCAAGUAUUUUCGCGUCAAAAGACUCAAGUCAAAGUCUUGAGUCUUUUUUGAUUUUGACAAGUUGAGUCCAAAGUCAAGAAAUUGUGAUCUGAGUCCAAGCGACGUGACUCGAGUCUACACUUCUGGCUGACAGUAAGAAAAAUUUCAAUAUCACCAGACUUAUCCUUUAAAGUGUGAAUAUUAGCUCAAAAUAUUUAUUUUUAAUCAUUAUUUGACACCCUUUCACAAUUAAAUGAAAUAAAUAUCAAGGAGCAGAGACACAAAGAUGAAAGGAAGAAGGUGUGGCUAUUUAAGGGACUGUGAUUUUCUGAAUUAAAUUAAAACAAACCUUUUUUGGGUUCACAUAGCAUUCAUGGUGAAACCUUCAAUAUAUUAUAGUGCAGUAAAAUGUAUAAAGCACGUGGAACCUUUUGUUUUUUAUUCAUCACUACAGACGUCAUUUUUGUCUUGUUGCCACGUUUCUUAAAACUUUUCAGGAAAUUAAUACAUUUUUGGCAGAAAAGAUGACCAAAAAGUGAAAACAUUGUCAGAAGAUGUUGACAGCCUGCUGACUGACAGAUUUUUUUGCUUCCAUAUAAUUCUGCUGGGGAGAGUCAGCUCUCGUCUCAGCAAUCCCACUGCAGAAACUACACAACACCACACAAGCAUCCUAUCCAGAGUUAGACCGCGAUCACCGUCAUAGCAGAGCUUAGAUUCAUCAAGUGCUGGCGAGUGUAGUCCUCCAGAGUAGUGGCUGUGUGUGAGUGUGUGUGUGAUUCAUGGAUUUCUCCCUAUUCCCUCAUUGAGGCAAGUGUUAUAUAUUUUUGAAAUAUUUGGCCAAAAACCCGCGCACAUUCCAUUUAAGCAACAGCACCAAACUGGGCCCCUUGACAUCAGUCCAUGAGCCUGCUAAUGAGCUGGACCCAAACCACAGAUGCCACCUGUAAAUAUCAAACAUUUCGGCUGAGCCUUAGAGACUUAACUUAUUUCUCUCUGAGACAUUUUUAAUGAAAACUAAGAGGCAUCGGAGCAUGAAAAACUAAUAAACAAACAGUGAUGGAUGUGUUAAAGCAAUUAAAACUACUCGCCACGGAUCUCUGCUGGAUCCACGUCGACGAUGUUGUCAUGCUCCCUGUGUGAGCCAAAGACUCUGCAGAGGAGAGAGAGACCGAGGGUUCAGAGAGAUCGUGUCCAGUCAAGUCAAACAUCCGAAUGUUUGCUCAGAAGUGUUCGCUAACAAAUGUGUCAAAGAGGUUCAACUGAGGUUGCUGAAAAGAUUGUAAGGUCAGAAUGGAAACUUUUUUUUUGGAGUUUGGAUCAUGCUCUGUGGUCGGACUUGAACGGAUGUGUGAGCUCACAGUUUGCAUGAACAAUAAGAUCCACAAGUGUUUAUCAAAAUUGCACGCUGGUGUUUUUGACCCUAUUUCUCACAUUCUCCUACUUAAUCUUCACAAUCCUUAAAAAAAUGUAGUCAUCUAUUGUCAGAGACAUGGUUGUGUGAAUCCAGUUUGUAUUUUUUCCUAUACACAUGUUGAAAUGGUGGCAUUUCAGCUGAUUCUGACGUUUGAAGAUUGAAGAUUGUUGGCUAUUUGACAAGUCUCAUAUGUACACGCAAUAUGCAAUCAAACAUAGAGUCUGCAGUAUAUACUGUAUCUGCUCUGCCCAUUCAAACUUGUAGGGGGGUCUCUGAAAUCACACUCAGUUCAAGAUAUGAAACUGGAAACUGGAGUUUAUUCAAAACAUGAGGCAAUGCUGAAGAAAAUAAAUGAAAACACAAUAUUUGCAGUGAGGGAUUGCUUCACUCAACAACUUUGGACAUAGCUGGAGGGAGAGCUGCAUAUCUUUGGGAUACACUGGAAGUAAAUGAUUUCAGAAAGGUAGAGAAAUGGCACAAUCAUCAGUAACUACAACAACAGAGCAGACUGCACUAAGAGCGAGGUAAGCUUUUCACUCUGUGUAAUGUACCUUAACAGCGUCACUGAAUGAUGUCCAACGACCUGCAGGAUGGUUGCAUUGUGUAUGUGUGUGUGUCUGGCACAGUCACUGCCACGGCAUUGUUAGCGUCCCAGAGGCUCCAGCUGUGUUUCUUUCUGCUGAAAUGAACUGCAAGUGGAGAUGUCCCUGUUAAAAAAUAAAACCUGGAACACAAUGCUCAGUGUGUGUGUUUCAGGGGGAGUUUGGACCAGUGUGUGUGUGUGUGUGUGUGUGUGUGUGGGCAUAUGCUCCAUGUGGAAAAAUAAUCCAAAUGCCUUUUUUUUGCAUGCUUCAGACCACUACUCACACAAUGUCCCAUAAACGGCAAUUGCACAAUGUACAUACACCACGAAGUGUUCACAGAAAGUGACAGAAGAUCAGAUAUACAGCAGGAGGAUAUGUUAAGAAAAUAUUUGCACUGUACGGAAAUGACCAGAAGAAAGGAGCGGAAGGAGACGAGAAGAAAAAGCUGCAUGAAUGGCACACUGUAGCUGCCAUUUCUUUUUGGUUUAUUUUCUCUGUAGUUUUGUAAAAACGACAUUGUCCUUGAUGCAACAACUGAGCAGGCUGGAGUAGUGCAGUGUGUUUCCAGGCCAGUGCAGGCCUAAUGCUAACAAUGCACCGCGCUUCAUUGCAGUCUGCGAUCAAACUAAUGCUUCAUCAUCUCUGCCUACAGUGCAAUUGCCUCAGCACAUCUCAAGUCAUUUGAUUUCAAUUUAUUUGACUAAUAUCACUGUGCCUGAACACUAAAACAAGUCAAUGACAUUACAGAUUAAGCUACUUCAACAACCACUUGAGCAUGAAUGGCAUCACACACAACAGCUGGCUGUUAAGUAGACUGUAGGUUAUUGUAAUUGCCGCUAAUUUCAAUCCAUUUUUUAUUAACACGUCAACUAUAAUUGCACAAGUGAUAAUAACGCAUUAUUAAGUGCAUUGUAAUUCAUUCCUAUUCUUUACCUACAGGGUCACCAGAGGCUGGAACAAAUCUCAGUAUGCAAUGGGCAGAAGGCAUACAGUUUUUUAUUGGCUAUCAUUUGUGUCCAUCAUGAUAAUGUCGUACUCACUGGAAUAACUGCUAAAGGCUGGGAGCGUGGCCACAUUGCUGCCCGAAGUCAAGUGGAGAACCAUGAGUGGUCAGAUGAUCUGUAAACAAGCAAAUGGUUUGGCCAUUUUAUCUCAACAAUCCAAAAUGCUGGUAACAGAAAAAAACUGUGUGCAAGCACAAAUGUGGCAAGUGCAGCAGGUCAAAGAGAAACCAGGAAGUCAGCCUGUAAUGAAUAUUUACAGACAGUUUGUGCCAACUCAAGAGAUUGUUUUAAGCGUGUGGUUGUCUGACCCCUCGUCUUCUUUUUAGGGAUGUUGCUGUUUCCAGAUCUCCGCAAUGAACUUAGUGACUGUGAUGUUAUAACUGCUUUUUUAAGACAAAAAGGCCAAACUGCAAACAAAAGAAGACUCCAAUCCAUGUGAUUUACAAAGACAAGAGCGUGCAAAUUCUACAAAAGCUGUAGCACAUGGGUCAGUCUGGAUGUGAGGCAGGAAAGCUAACCACUGAGGCAUUUUAUUUUACCCUAAUGUAAAAACAAAUGCUGCCUUGAUUGAACAUUGUUGAUGAGGCGUAGUCUCUAAUUUGCGUCUUGUGCUUUUGGCCUUGUGUUUGUUGUCAGAUGUAGAAAACAGAAACAGAUCCUUGAUCCUUGUCUCUGCAGGAUCCUCGCCCUCCUCCUGCUUCUGUUCAACAUUUAAAAGCAGUUAUGAGGGCAGCGACUGGCACAGCAGCGACAGAUCUAAGAGGACACACAAUAACCGCUGUUUCACAAUUAACCAAAGUGAUCAGAAGUGACAAUUUAACUGGAACCACACGUUUCCAGCCUCGGAAGCUUAACGUUGUGUUUUUAUGUCGCAUUCUGGGCUGCACUUGGGCGAGGUCCAACAGCAAACACAACACAAGGGCUGUCAAUCACGCUGAGGUUAAAUAAACUGAGCGGAUAUUUCUGCCAAAGCCAACAGGCAGGGCGGCGGUAUAGCAGGGGGGAAAAAAAUCGAUUUAAAGGAGAGUCUCCAAAAGCAGGCUAAGCACAAUAAAUCAUGUGUGGCCAAAACACAGAUGGACAAAUCCUGCAGUUUCCACCAUGUUCUACCUCUCUUCAAAGAGCGACUCAGCACUGUGGCUUUUCACGGCAGAAUUUCAAAACAAAUGUUGAGAAUCAGAUCCGCACACAAAGGCUCUGUGUGUGGGUGGCGUAUUGUGUACAGAAUGUUUUGAAGGGAGCAGUAGCACUGAAUCUUUCCGUUUGCUGCAUCACAGUGGUUUAAUGCGCAAUCAUAACUCACCGUGAUCUUGAAUUUGGGCAGAUGUGGAUAAAUGUUUGGUGGGCCUGAGUGAGCACAGCCAGAAUUCUGAUGCCUCAUGAGACUCUGCGGUAGACUGCCAGAGCUAACAAAUUAUCCUAUUUGACUGAAUCCCUGUUGUUUUGUUGGUUCUUGUUGAGGGGACUAAACUAAAUGUGUAUCUGUGUUUGAUUCCAGUCACAGACGGCUGUCAGAGCAGACUAUAAGAGUGAACAUCCUCCUCUAAUGUCACCACAGGCCCCACUUUCCUUCAAUGCCAAGCGCGUCUCCGGAGGGGUUUCAUGUUUGAUGCAUUACAUGCAAGCACACAAUUGUAAACUUCACUAUAAUGACUUCUCUGCGUUUGCCAGGCACCGCUGCCAGUCAAAAUAUAUCUGGAACACCAAGGCAGUGGUGGGAUACUGAUUUUCUGUCAUUCGCAGGAAUAAACAUUUUAACCA